AUGCCUUCCAUCACAACGGCUUCAGCUACCCCUCAAAGGGUGAAGCCGACGACAGCCAAGCCAUCGUCAGCUUUGCCCAGUAUUAUUGAUAUCCGUGGUGAACAUGUCGAAAUCAACCUGAAAGACCAAAUUGCUUCCAUGUUUAACCCUGACGAGGGCCCAAGGAAGCUUCCAACCCUUCUUUUGUACAACGAGAAGGGGCUACAAAUAUUCGAGGACAUCACGUAUCUGGAUGAGUAUUACUUGACAAACUAUGAGAUUGAGAUCCUGAAGAAGUCCUCUGCAGAGAUCGCCAGUCAGAUCCCUGAGGGCUCCAUGGUGAUUGAGCUGGGAAGCGGAAACCUCCGCAAGGUCUGUCUCCUUCUACAGGCGUUCGAAGAGCUUAGAAAGCCCAUUCAGUAUUUUGCUCUCGACUUAUCUCUCAAAGAGCUUGAACGCACCCUGGCUCAGGUUCCUGACUUCAAAUAUGUUUCGUGCCACGGCCUUCAUGGUACCUACGAUGAUGGGAGGGAAUGGCUCAAGCAUCCUUCUCUCACGAGCCGCUCAAAGUGCAUUAUCCACCUCGGCUCCAGUAUUGGCAACUUCUCCCGAGACGGCGCAGCUGAUUUCUUAGGAGGGUUUGCAGAAGUACUCACACCAUCUGAUUCCAUGAUCGUUGCUGUAGACUCUUGCAGCAACCCGGCACAGGUCUAUCAUGCAUACAACGACUCCAAGGGGGUAACCCAUCAAUUCAUUCUGAAUGGUCUUCGAAACGCCAAUGAGAUCCUUGGUGAAGAGGCCUUCAACACGGAUGAGUGGAAGGUCAUCGGUGAGUAUGUCUAUGACGUUGAAGGUGGACGACACCAGGCCUUCCUUUCUCCCACCCGGCCAACAGAUGCUCUCGGAUCGAGAGUUUUGCCUCAUGAGCGCAUAGAGAUCGAACAAAGCCUCAAAUAUUCCGAGGAAGAGAAGGACAGGCUCUGGAAACUUGCAGGCUUGACCGAGAUGGGUCAAUGGAGCCGGGGAGAUGAGUAUGGCCUCCAUUUUCUGCAAAAGUCCAGUAUGCCGUUCAGCCUGAUCCCUUCCCUCUACGCCGCAGAACCACUGCCAACAGUCCAAGACUGGAAAGCACUUUGGCAAGCAUGGGAUGUAGUAACCAAGGAUAUGAUGCCGGAUGAGGAGCUCCAGGAGAAGCCAAUCAAGCUGCGAAAUGCAUGCAUUUUCUACCUUGGCCAUAUCCCGACCUUCCUCGAUAUCCAGUUGACAAAAACCACUGGCAAUGCCCCGACUGAGCCUGCAGCCUACUACUCAAUCUUUGAGCGAGGUAUUGAUCCUGAUGUGGACAAUCCUGAGCACUGCCAUACUCACUCUGAAAUUCCCGAUGAAUGGCCAUCAGUUCAAGAGAUCAUGACCUACCAAGACAGGGUCAGAUCUCGUCUUCAGAACCUGUACAAAAAUGGCCAAGACAAGAUUCCUCGAGACAUUGGCCGAGCUAUAUGGGUUGGUUUUGAGCAUGAGUUGAUGCAUAUCGAGACUCUGCUCUAUAUGAUGCUCCAAAGUGACAGAACACUUCCACCUCCGCAUACGGUACAGCCUGAUUUUGCAAAACUGGCUCAGCAAGCACAUGAGUCUAGGGUUCCUAACCAAUGGUUUGAUAUACCUGAGCAAACCAUCAUUCUGGGGAUGGAUGAUCCCGAGGAUAGUACUGAUAAUUCGCGCCAUUUUGGCUGGGAUAACGAAAAGCCUGCGCGACAGACAAAAGUCCAUGCCUUCCAAGCUCAGGGCAGAGCUAUCACCAAUGAAGAGUAUGCCCAAUAUUUGUACAACUCCAAGAUCAAACAUAUCCCAGCCUCAUGGUCUUCCAUUCCAAACGCUCACACAAAUGGCGCCACUAACGGCAGCCAAACUAAUGGAAAUUCGAAUGGCUACUCUAAUGGAAAUGGCCACCACGCAAGCCAGGUCCCGGAUUCAUUCAUCCAGGAUAAGUUUGUCAGGACGGUCUAUGGUCUAAUUCCUCUCAAGUACGCUCUUGACUGGCCUGUCUUUGCUUCUUACGACGAACUCGCUGGCUGUGCAGCAUGGAUGGGCGGCCGUAUUCCAACUUUCGAAGAAGCUAAGAGCAUUUAUGCGCACGUCAACAAGCAGAAGAGAGCCGAGGCCGAGGGCACCUUAUCAAAGACGGUCCCUGCAGUCAAUGGUCACCUUGUCAACGACGGCGUUGAAGAGACCCCGCCAUCCAGCACCUCCGCUUUGGUCAAGGAUGGCUCUUCUGAGCUUUUCUUUGACCUUACGGAAGCCAACGUUGGUUUCCGUCACUGGCAUCCUAUGCCAGUAACCUCCCGAGGCAACAAGCUUGCGGGUCAGUCAGAGAUGGGCGGCGUCUGGGAAUGGACGAGCUCGCCACUUGAGCGACAUGAGGGUUUUGAGCCCAUGUCGCUCUAUCCUCUCUACACGACUGACUUCUUUGAUGGCAAGCAUAACAUUGUCUUGGGUGGUUCGUGGGCCACACACCCACGCAUUGCAGGUCGAGCUAGUUUCGUCAACUGGUAUCAGAGGAACUAUCCCUACGCAUGGGUGGGAGCCAGAUUGGUCCGAGAUGUUUAG